ACUUUGGUGUAUAAAAAGCAAACCGAGGUUUACAGAGACAUUAUUCAACUGUAAACCACGCCUCACGAAAUUUUAGAGUCUUCGGCAAUCUGCACUUUGUAAGACACAGUGUCUGCAGUCAUCAUGGAAGACAUUUUAUACCUUGGCGACAAAUACUUCUACACUCCGUACAUCUAUCCAGAGUGGUGGCCGGAGGACGACUGGAAACGGCAGUUGAUUGGCAUUCUCAUCUUCAACUGGGUCGGCCAAUACGUGCUGUAUUUCGUGCUGGGAUUACUCGACUACUAUUUCGUGUUUGACCACCGACUGACGAAACAUCCGUUGUACAUAAAGGAUCAGAUGAAGUUGGAGAUCAAAUACUCAAUCAAGAACAUGGUUUUCCAGACGGCUGCAUUUGCGCCUAUAUUUCUGCUGGAGGUCAGGGGUUACAGUCGCCUACAUCACGAAUUAAACAGGGGAUUUUUCGGAUAUUUGAAUCCCGUAGUAGAGAUUCUUGGCUUCCUCGCCUUCACCGACUUCACCAAUUAUUGGUUCCAUCGCUUCCUGCACCACCGCCUGAUCUACAAGCGCUUCCACAAGCAACACCACAUGUGGAAGGUGCCCACUCCGUUCUCCGGCUACGCGCUGCAUCCCGUCGACGGAUUCCUGCAGGGCAUCUCCUGGCACAUGUUCCCCUUCCUCUUCCCCUUCAACAGCCGUCUCUUCAUGUGCUUCUUCCUCUUCGUGCUCAUCUGGACUGUCAGUAUCCAUGACAACCUCUGCGUCCUCCCCCGAAUCCUCCGGCCCAUCGUCAACGGGGCGGCGCACCACACCGACCACCACAUGUACUACAACUACAACUACGGUCAGUUCACCACGCUGUGGGACCGCGCCUUCGGCUCGCACCGCGUGCCUGGUACCCACCGCGGCAAGGGACCACUCGAUGACGUGAUGGCCCUGGCCGCCAAGUCCAAUUGUCUGACCAACAACAAUGGUUAUCAGAGCGGGAUAGCUGAAACACAGAAGGAAGACUAGGGCCAGUAAAAGAAGGGGGAAAGAAAGAACAAUGUGUCCGUUGAAAUGUGACAAUACCUUGACGAAAUAAUUGCUUAACCGCAUAUGUACUCUUUACCGCUGUCACUACAUACGUGUAAUACCUUUGUAAUAUUGAGAUAAUAAUUGUAAAAAUGAGAAUGUUAAUAGCUUAGCUACAAUUUUUUUCAUGGUAAAGUAAACACCGUUUUUUUGGUUUAAAAGUGCAUUGCUAUGUCACGUAAGCCAAACAUUAUAUGGUGAAGGUUUAAGCCAUUACCAAAGAUACUGAUUCAAGUUGUAAAUUAUAACAAACAAACCCUGCAUAGAAAUAUGACUGUGUACAUAACCAAUACAAAACAAUGCCAUGAUUAUUCCGCGGUGCUUUUUUUACCAUUAACAUAAAACUAAAGCAGCAUAAACGUUUGAAAAUGAAACCAUUGCAGACAAGAUAAUUGGUGUGUUUAGUCCUACGAGAAUUGUUUUCUUAAGUACUGAUGUAUGUUAUGUUAUUCUUUCACCACAAAUUACGGUAGAGUCGUGUUUUAUUGUCGUGACAUGGUGCCGUUCCAAAGAAAUUGAACAUAUCCUAACUCGCAUACAAUAAUUUUGUUCCGUCGUUAAUUCUUCUAUAGUAUAUCGUAAACCGGUAAUGCAUAAUUUAACUGUUCAAACUGCGAACAACGCCCGUAGGGCCUGAUAGUUAAAUAUUGUAUAGUUUUGUAAUAAAAUGUA